AUGUCGUCCAUCGACCGCAGUCUGCAUCGUCAUAAGUUCCCACGCUUCCAAUGGAACUUCACCUCAUACUCGACACCUGCUCACGGUCCUGACGCCGCGGUCAGUGGUGCGGCUUGGGAAGCGCUUAGGGUUGACUACGAAGGCGUCAUAGUCCCAGAUCGCUAUGCCGCCGACUUCGAUAUCGUUCCCGGGUUUCACCUCCGCGUCACGCCCGAUGGCACAGUCGACGGCCCUCCCUUGAGCGGUUAUCCAUCCAUGCCACUCGCGCUACACCACCUCCACUGUCUGAACCUCCUCCGCCAAGGGCUCUCCUUCAACGUCGACUACUACCGUCAGACCAAACAUCCAUCUUGGACCGAAGACCAAACCGACGAACAUAUCGAGAUCCACGUAGCACACUGUCUCGACUUCCCGCGAGAGCUAUACAUGUGCCACGCCGACUCAUAG